AUUCAUUCUACGACGAACGUCAAAUUUAGUUCGAGAAUAUUUUUUAAAAGGAAAACUUGUAUUUAUACAACAGUUAAACAUGGAUUUUGAUAUAAGAACUUAUUUUGAAGGUGGAACGGUGGCAAUAUUUCUCAUAAUGUUAAUAAUUGUUGUGUUUUUAUCGUGCCUUUGUGUUUGUUUUUGCAAAACGGGAAAGUCUCCUUCUCAGAAUUUAGCGGAUGAAAGCAAGAAGAAAAAGAAAGAAAAAUAUCUAGAUCGAGCGCUUAGAGAACGAAAUGAACGAACAUCUACUAAAAAUAUCGGACUCCCAUAUGUUCGGCCUGAAUUAAUAACAAUUAAACCUCCAACGGAUGUCCCGCAAGUACCUGAAUAUCGUACUGAGGAAGUCAGUAUAAAUAUGACAGGAAAGCCAGCUACGCUAAAUACCGACAAUAAUUCUGGACAACAGGUUUCAACUCAAAUCCUUCCAUCGUCCAAGUCCUCACCCAAAGAUUUAACAUUGGAACUGUCCAGUGUUCCAUAUUAUGCAGAAUUCAGAAAUAACUCUAAGAAUCUAAUUAGUCAAGAUUCAUAUUCUCCUGAUUCACAAAGUUCUACUUACAAUUUACUUCCAACAACUCAAGCAUCGUCACUAUAUCCAUCGUCCAAAUCUCGUCGAGUAUCACAACCAGUUGCACCGCGUAGAAUAUACAGGCAAGUGUCAGAUUUUCAAGAUAAAUAUACACCACAGCAACGAACGUCACCAGCAAUGUCAUCUCAAAGAGUUUAUCGACAGUCAUCAAUUAGUGAUUUUAGAGGACCUUCAUACUCACCGUCUAAAGUGACAUAUCACAAUGGACUGAGAGAAUCGUCACCCUAUCAUGAAAGGCGAACUCCUAGUUCACAGAAAUCAUAUCGAUAUGAUGCAAUGAAUGGCUCAGGUCACAACUCACCGAAUUAUUCAAAUGGAAAUUAUGGAGGCUAUGGAGGAGGCUAUUACCACUCAUAAAUAAGAAUUUAGAAGAAAAAAAAAAUAUGUGAAUUAAAUUUAAGCUCAAAGUAAAAAAUUUUUGUAUUAUGUGCGAAAGUUAAAACUUUUAACUUAAAUGUGCACAAUUUGUUGUGCUUCCAAAAAAAAAUAUUAACUGUUCAUAAAAGAUUAAAAUCAAUUUUAUCAACAUAAUUUUAUGGACUUUAUGGUGUCUAAAUCUAACCAAAAUCGAAUUUUGAGUAGUCUAAUUUUCAACAUUUAACUUUUUAAAGUCAUUUGAUAUGAGCUUAAUGAUUUUUGGACUGUUUUUGAUUAUUUUGAUGAUCGGUUUAGGAUUUCGACUUUUUGAAAUUUUAAAUCCGAUUGAUUUUUGGGAAUAGUAAGGUUUGGGGUGACUAGGGUCUGAUAUGGAUAGCUACUAUAAUUCAAAACCAUAUCCAAAAUGUGUAAGGGGCGGUAAGGAGCGGGUCUAGUCUCUAUUCACUGGAUUUUCAGACCCUCUCUCCAAAAAACGUGAAUUAAUAAGAGAAUGACUCAAUAUGGCACUGAUGUCCAAACUUUUUGAACCGCGGCACAUCUAUGGGGUAAGUCAUGACUGAUGUUAAACACAGAAUUUCAAAAAAAAAUCUACGGAACACUAGUGUCCCGCGGCAUACAGUUUGGACAACACUGCAAUAUUGUUUUAAGAUAUCCUACAAGACCCUCCUAUAAAGGAGUAUACUUAAAUGAAAUCCGAUCCAAAGGAAUGUUAAACAAUGUUAGAAUGAUUAGCAGCAGGAGCGCUUUGGGCAUAAUCCUAAAGCUUACUAACAUUUUAAAUUAAAACAAUGACCCCUUACCCACCUGAUUCCUUAAUGCGCUCUUGCAUAGCUGUGUAGUUUGAUGGUAGAUUAAAUGGUGAUUGAAAACUAAAAUACAAGAAAAAAAAAUUAACCCUCAAAUGACUAUUAUGUGAAAAUAAAUUUUCACUCGUCGUAAUUAACGGAAUACUACACUAGUAAUCGUAUGAAUGAACAAUAAUGUAGAAUACUAUUUUUAAAGUAAUGUUUUUAAGGUCA